UGCGCAACAUGCCUUAACUUUCAGCCGGGCUAACCCAAGGACUGUAAAGAUGAAACUCUAAUACUUCUUAUCAUUUUGAGUCUGUCUUCAUAUAUCAUUUCCAAACCAUACGGCAAAGGGUAUGUAUAGAUUUUACAUACGUCUCUUGGUUUUGUGAAUUUCGAAAGGAUGUGGUUAUAGCCUUUGACAUCAGAGGAGAAGCUCCACAUUGUUGACUGAACACUGAUCGAAAGAUAACGCUGGAGGCAAGAGGCCUUUUAACAGCUCUCUGAAAAUCAACUGCCUCCCGAGUGUGUGCCUCGUGCCCGAAGCAGUUUCCACUGGCCGUACCACGGGGUGAUGCCCAAGGUGCAUCACUUCCCAAGAAUUGGAUCAUGAACAACUUUAUCCUCCUGGAGGAACAGCUCAUCAAGAAAUCGCAACAAAAAAGAAGAACUUCUCCCUCAAACUUCAAAGUCCGUUUCUUUGUUUUAACCAAAACCAGCCUGGCGUACUUUGAGAACCGUCAUGGGAAAAAGCGCACAUUGAAGGGCUCCAUUGAACUCUCCCGAAUCAAAUGUGUCGAGAUUGUGAAAAGUGACAUUAGUAUCCCAUGCCACUAUAAAUAUCCAUUUCAGGUUGUGCAUGACAACUACCUCCUGUAUGUGUUUGCUCCAGACCGUGAGAGCCGGCAGCGCUGGGUUCUGGCCCUUAAAGAAGAAACAAAGAAUAAUAACAGUUUGGUGCCCAUGUAUCAUCCUAAUUUCUGGAUGGAUGGGAGAUGGAGGUGCUGUGCUCAGCUGGAGAAGCUUGCAGUGGGCUGUGCCCAGUACGAUCCAACAAAGAAUGCUUCAAAGAAGCCUCUUCCUCCUACUCCUGAAGACAACAGGCGAUCACUUCGGGAACAUGAAGAAACCAUUGUCAUUGCCUUGUAUGACUACCAAACAAACGAUCCACAGGAGCUCAUGCUACAACGCAAUGAGGAGUACUACCUGCUGGACAGUUCCGAGAUUCACUGGUGGAGAGUACAGGACAGGAAUGGGCAUGAAGGAUAUGUACCAAGCAGUUAUCUGGUGGAAAAAUCUCCAAAUAGCCUGGAAACUUAUGAGUGGUACAAUAAGAGUAUCAGCCGAGACAAAGCUGAAAAACUUCUUUUGGACACAGGCAAAGAAGGAGCCUUCAUGGUACGAGAUUCCAGGACCCCGGGAACAUACACCGUGUCUGUUUUCACCAAAGCCAUCGUAAGUGAGAACAACCCCUGUAUAAAGCACUAUCACAUCAAAGAAACAAAUGACAACCCCAAGCGAUACUACGUGGCUGAGAAGUAUGUGUUUGACUCCAUCCCUCUCCUCAUCAAUUAUCACCAACAUAAUGGAGGAGGUCUGGUCACUAGACUCCGGUAUCCAGUUUGUUCCUGGAGGCAGAAAGCCCCGGUCACAGCAGGACUGAGAUAUGGGAAAUGGGUGAUUGAUCCCUCAGAGCUCACUUUUGUGCAGGAGAUUGGCAGUGGGCAGUUUGGGUUGGUGCAUCUUGGCUACUGGCUCAACAAGGACAAGGUGGCCAUCAAAACCAUUCAGGAAGGGGCUAUGUCAGAAGAGGACUUCAUAGAGGAGGCUGAAGUCAUGAUGAAACUCUCUCACCCCAAACUGGUCCAGCUGUAUGGGGUGUGCCUAGAGCAGGCUCCCAUCUGCCUGGUGUUCGAGUUCAUGGAGCACGGCUGCCUGUCGGAUUACCUGCGCAGCCAGCGGGGACUCUUUGCUGCAGAAACCCUGCUGGGCAUGUGCCUGGACGUGUGUGAGGGCAUGGCGUACCUGGAGGAGGCAUGUGUCAUCCACAGAGACCUGGCUGCCAGAAACUGUUUAGUGGGAGAGAACCAAGUCAUCAAGGUGUCCGACUUUGGGAUGACAAGGUUCGUCCUCGAUGAUCAAUACACCAGUUCCACAGGCACCAAGUUCCCGGUGAAGUGGGCAUCCCCGGAAGUCUUCUCCUUCAGCCGCUAUAGCAGCAAGUCAGAUGUGUGGUCAUUUGGUGUGCUGAUGUGGGAAGUCUUCAGUGAAGGCAAAAUCCCGUAUGAAAACCGAAGCAACUCAGAAGUGGUAGAAGACAUCACUACUGGAUUUCGCUUAUACAAGCCCCGGCUGGCCUCUGUGAAUAUCUACCAGAUCAUGAAUUAUUGCUGGAAAGAGAAACCAGAAGACCGGCCACCUUUCUGCAGACUCUUGAGUCAACUGGCUGAAAUUGCAGAAUCGGGACUUUAGCAGAGACUCAGCACCAGGCCACGGGCUGCAGAUCCUCAAAGGGGGAAGCAAAUCCUCCCUUCAUAGAGCAUUAAAAGCUGCCACCAGCCCAGAAUUCCCCAGAGGCAGCUGGCCCUGUGGUGCCAGUCCCUGAGCUACCACAGAGGCAUCACCCUGACAGAGGUGGGCAGCUCAGCCCCUGACCUGGGACAGAGGUCCGAGCAGCUGCCUCUUAUCUUGUGCGGCCCGCAAACCUCAACCUGACAGCUUUCAGGCACCAUUUCUUGCACUUCUUAGAGAAAAGGAGAGACAUGGUAGGGCUGUGGAUUAUUAUUUUUAUCAUUAUUUCAAACAUGGAUCUAAAGUGUAUGGUCGAGGGAUUUUCACUUGACCCGGCAACACAGAAUCCUAGGAUGUGGGGCAAGAGGAAUGAGCAGUGGGACUCUUUUUCAAGAACUGGCGAGUUAAUUAAGGUCAGAAAGAGGAAGCAGCCGCUGGGAUUCUGUUAGCCGCAGCUUCCUACCGUAGAGGAUGACGGGGCAGCCGCUCAUAGCUGAGGCCAGACAGGCUGAGAAGCAGCUUUAGGAGGUUUUAUUCAUCGAGCACACUGCCACCUCCCUCCUUGAAGGGACGUGACGGACUGGGGUGAACAAUGAUGAUCCCAUGGUUGGAUCUAGCGUCUGGACAGAAAGAGGGCAUCAGAUGGUGGGGAGCCAACUAGUACAGAGAAAGGCCUUAGGUUGUUACCACUCCAAGGCCCACCUUCAGUACCAAGCCGGGCAGGUGACUGUGCCUCCCCUUCCGCACAGAUUGCUUCCGCGGGCAUCCGGGGAGAAGCUGAUUGCUUCUGGACACCGACGCCGGCGGAGGACUCCACCCACCAUCAGUUUUUCUGGCGUCUGGGAUUAGUCCCCUCUCUGCACUCUUCCACCCUCACCAGCAGAGGGCAGCAUUGUGUUGGGCAGUGUGGCCUGCAGAGACCUGGAAACUGGGUUAGGCCCUCGAGAUUUGCAACGUGAAGGCUGAGGCUUCUAGUCUCCUCAAAGUCUAGGAGAGGAGCGAGGGGUCUGUUCUCGCUCAAACCAUCUGGAUGGAAAGUGAGUCAAGCACUGAAUGGGGUGCUUCCAAGAUGCACAAGGCAGCCUACUGUUGGUGGAGCGCUGAAAUAUGCAAAGUGAGUAUGUACUGAGCAGCAGGCCUUAUGUGCAGAGUUUCGUUUCAUCCUGAGUUCACACCACCCCCGUGAGGAUGUAUUCUUAUUCCCAUUUUACAGAUGAUGGAACUGAGGCUUUAAAAAGCCAAGACAGCUUGCCAAAGUGACAGAGCUAGGAAAUGUAGAGCCCACGUCUGUCUGCUGUCAAUGCCGUCUCUUUAUUCCUAUUCAACACUUCUUUCUACUGAGGAUGAAAGGGGUUGCAGAGGAGAUAAAUACAGCUGGGGGAAAGACAUAGAAAGCCAAAAAGAGGGCGCCUGGGUGGCUCAGUUGGUUAAGCAACUGCCUUCGGCUCAGGUCAUGAUCCUGGAGUCCCAGGAUCGAGUCCCAUAUCGGGCUCCUUGCUCAGCAGGGGGUCUGCUUCUCCCUCUGAUCCUCCCCCCUCUCAUGUGCGCUCUCUCUCUCUCAUUCUCUCUCUCAAAUAAAUAAAUAAAAUCUUUAAAAAAAAAAGAAAGCCAAAAAGAAGUCAACCACCAAGUGAUGUUUCUUCCGCAUAGGCCACUAUGGUUGGCCAUGUAGCCCUCCAACUUGGAAUAGGAUCUUCUUUUUCUCUUCUGUCUUCUCACCUUUGUUAGAGUUAAUGACUUUGGAGUUACUCGGUUAAUUGCCCUUCUGAUUCACCCACCCCUCCACAGUCAUGUUGCAUGAUGCCAUUUAUAGGUGAGCUUCAAAGCAGUUUUGAAAGAUCUGCCUGCAGGUGUAUAAAUGCUUCCUUUAAUUAUCAUUUCAACUUUGAGCCAGCUGCAGUAUUCUUGGGCACUUUGUGGAGAAGGGUAUUCCCUGAUGUAAGAGAGAUUUCAUUUUCCUACGGUGUUCAGAUAAAACUUUUAGAGAGAUUAUUGGAUGGUGUUACAAUUAACUCUUUCUAAAUCUUGUGAUAUUUUGACCAGCUGGAGAUUCAGAUGCAUAACUUGUAACUAUAAUUAUUGUGAAACUGGUUGCCUUAAGAUAAAACUCUAUCAUUCAGAAGAUGAUCUUACUCAACAUAUCCAAAAGCAUCCCUAUUUACUUUCUGGCAUUUUGUACAUUCUCUUGUGGAACCCUUAAUUAGAGAUGAUUUCUGGAACAUCCAGCCUGAAGGAAAACAUCAAAAUUGACUGAUUUCUGUGGUCUGGUUUCAAAAAUUGCCCCUUGCAUGGUGUUAUUGUGUUCAAGCUCAGAUUCCCUGGGCCUUAACUGAACAUGUUAACUCCCCGGUGUCCUAUCCUGCAAAAUGAGCUUCCUGCCUGUUUUUUUCUACCCCUCUCACAUUUUGAAAAUGGUACCAUGUGUUCACAGGGAAUUCCCUUAUGCAAAGUUUUGGUUCUAGGUGCAUUUUAUAGAUUUUGCAUUUUGUACCUUUUGAGAACUAUUUAUAUUUGGAUGUAUUGAAUAUUUAUUACUGUACAGUAAUUGCUAGUAUUCACAAUAAAAAUGUUACAAAUAUCUCUAACCAUUUAUAAAGCGCACAUAGUUAAAGGACGGAUUUAGCAAAUAAAGCUGUAUGUUUUAAUAAAUACAGUAUAUAUGACCUGGGUUCCAUAUUUGCCCAAAUG